ACAAUGCACUGUCUGCAGAAGUUCUUGCUCUUUCAUCUUCUGACAUGUUUCACAGGAAAUGCACUUGGGAGUGAAAUCAUAAAAGGUAAAAAGACCAAUGACAAGUCAAUGCUGUAUAUGGCCUCAAUACAAAACAACAAAGGUCAUAUAUGUGGAGGAUUCCUGGUCAGUGAAGACUUUGUAGUCACUGCUGCACAUUGUGAUGACUUCAAUCCUACAAGUGUUGUUCUUGGUGCCCACAAUCUCAAGAAGGUCGAUAACAGAACAAUGAGAUACGGUGUGAAGAAGUGCAAACACCCAUCUUUUGUGAAUAUUUCAUCUGGGAAUGACAUUAUGCUCCUCAAACUGUCAAAGAAAGCUCGCCCGAGCAAAAAAGUACCAAUUAAGCCAAUUCAACUUCCAAGUCAUCAAAUACACCUUAAAGAAAAGAAAAAGUGCCUUGUGGCUGGAUGGGGUUUCACAAAAACUAAAGGUAAAGUUGUUGAUGAGCUGCAAGUGGUGGAUGUGCCUAUCAUUAACCUGGAGAAGUGCCAGAAGCAGUGGCAUAAUGCCCUUCCUGCCAAUGUUAUCUGUGCAGGUGGAUAUGGAACAAACAAAGGAUUCUGUCAGGGUGAUUCUGGUGGCCCUCUGGUGUGCAACGGGAAGUUGGCAGUCGGUGUUGUUUCCUUUAAUAACAACUUUAACUGUGACUACCCAGAUGUACCUAAUGUCUAUACAGAGAUAUCAAAACAUCUUCCCUGGAUGAAAAAGAUUAUCAAGAAAAAGAACUGUUAAAACUGUUUCUGAAUUGUGUAUAUACUGUAUGAAAUGUGUCUUUGUCAGCCAAAUGAAAAAUGUGUUUCCUUCUGUGACACCACCCCCAGUAGACAUAACUGCAACA